CAUAUUGGUUUAUUUAACCCUUGCUCUCUCUCUCUCUCUCUCUCUCUCUCUCUCUCUCUCUCUCUCUAUACCAUUUUCUUCUAAAUAGCCCAACCAAGAGCUUCUUCUCCUUCUCGGGAUGGUCUUAAUCCAUUUCUAAAUUGUGUUCCUCAAAAGUCUUCUCUUUUGUUUGUGGGUCUAAAGUCAGGAAGCUGAAUUGUUGUGUUUAGAACACUGUUGUAAUGAAAAGUUAGAAACAUAAAACUAAAAACUCAAGAAGAAUUUAAACUUUUUUUUGGUGUCAUGAAGAGACUUAGCAACUCAGAUUCAAUGUGUGGUCUGAUCUCCAAUUCCACAGAUGAGCAGAAUCCACGAGGGUACGGGCAUAAUUUCCACUCUAUGCUUAACGGUUACGAAGAAGACGGUACAACGGUCGAGGAAUAUUCCGGCAACCACCACAUGGGUCAAUCAGAGAAGAAGAGGAGGUUACGUGUUGACCAAGUCAAAGCUCUCGAGAAGAACUUCGAGCUCGAGAACAAAAUCGAACCUGAGAGAAAAACACAACUAGCACAAGAGCUUGGACUUGAACCUCGUCAAGUAGCGGUUUGGUUUCAGAACCGCCGUGCACGGUGGAAGACAAAACAGCUCGAAAAAGAUUACGGCCUUCUUAAGAGCCAGUACGACUCUCUCCGCCACAACUUCGACUCGCUCCGCCGCGAUAACGACUCGCUUGUUUUAAAGAUUAGUGAACUCAAAGCUAAGAUCAACGGAGAAGACGUUAACAACGACAGCAAGGUUACGGCGGAGAGUGAUAUCUCCGCCGUGAAAGAAGAGAAUGUUCCUUCGUCUCCUCCUGAGUUUAUAGAACAUUCCACCGGCUUUGACUACCGGCGAAGCUUCACCGAUCUCUGUGACCUUCUACCGAACUCCACCGCCCCCGACGGUGGAUCUUCCGACAGCUGCGAUUCGAGCGCUGAAACCAGCUCCGAGAACGGAAGAUUGACGCCGCCGCCGACGGUUACCGGCGGAAAUUUUCUACAGUUCGUGAAAACAGAGCAGAUGGAGGAUCACGACGACUUUCUGAGCGGGGAAGAAGCGUGUUGUUUCUUCUCCGAUGAGCAACCACCGUCUCUUCAUUGGUACUCCGCCUCUGAUCACUGAACAUGAGAAUCGUUAAUAGGAGGGCAAAACUGGAAUAAUCGAAAAUAAAGAAUUAAUGGUGGGGUUAUAUACUAAUCUGUAAUUAUGAUUACUCUCGAUGUAAUUAACGAUGUUGAGAGUAAUAAAACUGAGAUUAACCCCUCUAGUCCCGAUUGUAUUCCUUAUUUUCACCCUUUAAUUUAAUAUUCCACUUGACUAAUAAUAAUCCUUUCUUCGAAUGCUC